UUAUAACAGUCGUUGGGAGUAUUCGCCGAUGUUUGUUUGCUGUUAAAUGACAACACAUCUUUAAAGUGUUAACUUUAAAAUUUGUUUACUGACCGAUACAAAUAAAAAUGGUCCUUUACUGUUUACCAGGUGACAGACUUUCCACAGCAGAUGAAAGUCAUAUUUCUGGGCCAGGGACUUACGAGAGAAAAGGCUACAUAUAUUCAACGCUGGCAGGGGUCGUCGUUGUGGAUAAAAAAGACAAACUCUAUAUCGUCGGAGUCGAAACAAACAAGGGCCAGCACACUGUACCAACACCAGGAGAUAUUGUGACAGCGCAGAUUACAGUAGUGACGCAGCGUUUUGUCCGCUGCAAUAUUCAAUGUAUAAGAAACACCCCUUUAGAGAAAACACUAAGAGGUAUCAUCAAAAAGGAAGACGUCAGGGCGACGAACAAAGAUACCGUAGAGAUCCACAAGUGCUUCAGGCCUGGCGAUAUCAUUCUAGCUAGAGUUCUGCCGAUAAAAGAACUUCAGUCUUAUCAGCUUUCCACAGCAGAAAAUGAGCUCGGUGUCGUUAUAGCUCAGAGUGAAGCUGGUGAAGUAAUGGUUCCUACUAGCUGGACACAGAUGCAAUGCCCGAAAACGUUGUUGAAAGAAUGGCGGCAAGUUGCAAAAAUCAUACCGGAAUAGUCUUUCAAAAUGUGAUUUUUUUUUUUAAAUUUGUUUAAAUUCACUACUGUAAAUAUACUGUUGUUUUUUUUGUG